GUAAAGCAAAACGAACGAGAGAACUGUGACGCAAUUGCUUUUCUUUUAAAAACAUUCGGGCUCAAGGAAGUAACUAGAGAGAAGGAUGAAUCAGGCCAGAUGGAAGAAACAGGUUAACUUAGAGACUAAAGUUACACAUUAUUCAGUCAACAUUACAUUGGCUAGAACUUAACAUUAUUAACGAAACAAGCGUCUCUAACAUAGGCCCUCAGAUUUGUCAUUUUUGUCAAACAGCGUAAAUAUGGUGGGGUAUAACAGCUGGAGCUAGCUAGUAACAUACAAACACUUAACUCAGCAAACAUAUUAAAAUAUUCGCGUCUCUUGUCUUUACUUGGCAGUCAAAUUUAUCUCUGUCAAAUGACGACGAAUUUAUCCAAAGCUGUCAUGACUGCAGAAAGAAACCCUCGGGACUGCAACUGUGCUAUUAGGCAAUUCUUAGCGUAGCUGGCUGUUUAGUGUUAUGAACAGCAGCUUCAACUGAGAGAACCAGCGAGGAAGGGGCAGCUCCUGAUGAAGAAGAUGGUGACCAGGCAGCCACUUGGAUUAUGAGAACACACGGGUAGAAGGAUGAAAAUGUGGAGGUGACGGCUGCAUGUAACCCGUCAAGGAUAAUGUUUAAAGGUGGAGUACCAGACCCCUCUUCAGACACUUUGGCCCAGAGGCUCUGGGGAGGUCUUGUGCUCCAGGAUCAGGAUAAAUCACAGAGGAAGAUACCAGGUGGUGUCAUGUCUGAAGGCCAAGCCGAGAGGAAUUCUUCCUCUGCAUCUCCCCCCAGCCUCGUGAACACCAGUGGUCUUUCUAUUUCAAGCCUUUCGUCCUCCUCAUUCUUCUCCAACCACCAUCAUGCCAGCUUUUAUUCACCAUCAACAUCUUCGUCACCCUCAGUCUUGUCUCUGACGCCACCCUUGCCUCCUUCUGUGGAGCUCUCAGCUGUGUUGACUGAUACAAGGCUGACCCUGGAUGUAUAUCAGAGAGGAACAGCUGCACUGCCAUUGUUAUGGGCAUCCAUCCCCGGGCAGCUGGGGGGCCUCCAGUAUCUCAGACUGGGUUCUGAGGAUAAACCAGGUCUGGAUGGUGCACUGGAUGUUAUACCCCAUCUGACAGAGCUGCGUUCACUGGCUAUACGGGGGCACUGUUUUUAUGACUCACAAGGUGACCCUCUGCCUGGCCUCCUCACCACUUUGCCUGCAUCUUUUUCCUCUCUUACACAUCUGGUGCAUCUGGAUCUCUCCUUCAACCAGCUCUCCUGUCUGCCGUCCUGCCUACUCAUCUUGCCUGCACUGUCCUCCUUGCUCCUCUGUCACAACCGCCUCUCAGCUUUGCCUCAUGAUAUAGGCCAGCUGUGCUGCCUCACCUACCUCUCCCUCCUGGGGAACGAGCUGGUCUCUCUUCCCCCAAGUCUGGGUCAGCUGAAAUCACUACAGACACUGGAUCUUUCAUAUAACCUCCUCCAGCAUCUACCUGAUGAAAUUGGUUCUCUGGAGGAGCUUGUUAAGCUGGAAUUGUCCCACAAUAAGCUGAAGCAACUACCAGAGAGCAUAGGUUCUCUCUUCUCACUCAGGGAGCUUGUCAUCUACAGCAAUGACCUUCAUAUGAUCCCACAUUGUCUGAAAAAUCGGCCUUUGCUGAAAAUAGAUGUGCGUGACAAUCCUUUGGGACAACCUCCCAUCCACCCCCCUCUCCCUCCCACACCUGAUCAUGCAGAAGCAAAAGUUCUGGAGUUGCACCUUGGAUAUAAUCAGCACAGUUUCUGUGUUUCGCCUGCUGGGUGUCAUGUGUUUCUCCCAGGAGGGGCUGAGCUGCUGUUCCCCCCAGGGUGUCUAGAGACAGCCACAAGGCUGGAGUGGGUUGAGAAAAGGCCAGAAAGGAAGUGGGUGUGGCUGGAGGAGCAUGAAAUCCUACUGAGUCGCCCUCUGGAACUUCGUCCCCAUGGAAUUACAUUUAUAAAGCCAGUGGAGGUGUGUGUGCCCUAUCGUCGGACAAAACGUAGGCAGGUGGUUGUGCGGAGGUUUGAUGGACAGUCAUGGAGCACUCUGCCCACUGAUCUGAGGAGAGGAAGCGAUAGCCAUAGCAGUCACCCUGGGGGACGUCCGGCCAGGCUGGCAUGCUGCUCAGUGAGCCAGUUCUCCUGGUUUAUGGCAGUGUCCCAUCCAGUGAAGGACAGCUGCUCUGUUACACCAGCUGGAGCACUGCUGGUGUCCAGCUCUGACCCCGGAAUCAAGCUCCACUUCCCUCCAGACUCCACCGUGCAGACUCGCACCAUUAUUUUACAGGUGCUGCAGGUGUCCGUGUCAGAGGUACAGGCAGUGUGUGGUGAUCCUCAGGCCAGAGUCAGCCCUCUCCUUUGCCUCUCCCAGACUCCCAGCACACAUUUCCUGCAGCCUAUCAAAGUUCAGAUCCCUCUGCCAUCUGGAGUUACAGGCCAUACAGUUGAUAUGUCCUGUUUGCAUCUGCUGCAUGGAGACCCCGCUGCCCAGACCUGGACUGACAUCACAUCACAAGUGUCCCUUUAUGUCACCCAUUUGUAUGCCAUUUUCUACGUUACACAUUUCUCCUGGUACUGGCUCUGGUACACUACUCAGCGCUGUGUUAGUGGGGUGGUCAGGAAGGUCUACCAACGGCUAAAACAAUUUAAAGUCCAGUUCCUUGUCCUCCAGCGAAGGACUGAUGCUUCUCAAGUUCUGCUGCAGUGUUUACCUGCUAACAAGCAAUUGUGAUGCUUCCUGCCCAGGUGGAAGGCAGAGUGCAGUAUCUGUCAGAGCAGUAUGAUGGACCUCAGCCUUCAGACCUGUGUGACCUGC